AUGGCCGACCCGUCGUGCGAUGGCGCCGACGUCGACCAAUCCGCGCGCGAUACGAAGAUCACCGACCUCGACGUCACGACGCUCUCGAACGUGCUGUCGCAUCUCUCCACGGAAGACGUGCUCUCCCUCUCGAGCGCGAGCAAGCACCUCCGCGAGUGCGUGGACGAGAGCGUGUUCAAGCGCCUGCUGCUCAAGCUGUGGGACGAGCCGGUGUGGGAGGUGACGUCGUACAGAGAGCUCUUCCUCGCGCGGCAUCGCGCGCUGGAGUUCAUCGCGCGCGUGGGCGCCCACGACGGCCCGGAGGACUGGGGAAGCGACGACGCUUCCAGAUCGUUCGCGAACGCGAAGAUCGCGUGCGACGAGCUCGCGUCCGCGGUGAACGCGUCGUGGCGCGUCCCGAAAGACGGCGCCACGGACAGCACGAUGGGUCGCGAGGACAUCGAGCGCGCGCUCGUGACCACGCUCGUCGCCGUCGACCGCGGUAGCGACGCGAGCCGCCGCGAGGACGCCGCGCGGAGGGCGGCGACGGCGCUCUCCGUCUGCGCGUGUCUCGGCGCUGUGGCGACGCGGUGCCCGUCCGCGCGCGCGCGGUACCUCGACUGCGCGAGGGAGGCGCAGCACGCGAAGGCGUUGGAUCGGUUCUUGCGCGCGCCCGGAGGAAGUCCGACGAGCGGGGUGUUCGCGGAAGGAUUCCGCGCGGCGGGCGGGGCGCCGCCCGCCCGCGCGUCGGCGGCGGCGCCGCCGUCGCUCGACGCGCUCGCGGCGUCCCUCGGCGGCGCGCCCGCGCGGGACCCGCACCCGUUCCCCCCGAACGACGGGUUCAAGCCCUCGAUCGACGCCGCGACGGCGCUGUUCUACGUCCCUAUCGUGUUGUACGGCCGACUCGGGCGGGUCGACGCGCGCGGCGCGCGCGCGCGGUCGCACCCGUUUCUGGAUGCGGAUCUCCUCGACGACGCGUCGGUCCCUUCCCCGCCGUCGCUCCCCGGGCGCGGCCCGUACCCGCGCGGCGGCCGCCCACCGCACGGGCAACGCCUGCGGAUGGAGAGCCAAGCCAAGGCGCCGGCAGUCGGCGCGAUGGCGGGCGCGUGGGCGGGAUGCCGCGUGCGCGUCUCGCCAAGCCUCGACGCCGCGGGCGCGGGCGCGGGCGCGGGCGCGAAGCAAAACGCGCUCACCGUCGAGUCCGUCUUUCGAGCGACGAUGAGCGUCACCCCGGACGGGCGCAUCUCGGGCUGGAUCGCGGACACGGUCGGGAACCUCACGAUGCGCGGGCGCGUGGACGCGGCGGAGAACGCGGAGGGAGGGCGCGCGGUGGUCAUCGACGCCGCGUACGACGAUUGCGGCGGCGUGCCCGGCGCGAUGUUUCGCGCGGCGUCGCACGGCGUCGCGAGGACGCGCUUGGCGGGGUGGGUCACCGGCACCGCGGUGGGGGGGGAGUGGUGGCAGUGGAGCGCGGGGGUCGUGAGCAAAGGGAUGUUUCUCAUGUGGCCGAACGACGCGCCGGGGGUGUCGAGCCGGCGCGUGAGCAUGGAUAGAUAG